AUGUCAUCUUAUAUGGCAGGUGUUUUUGAUUUAGAUUUAGAUGUGGAUACAGUUCCAGUGGGUGAUUCUGAUGAAGAUGAUAUAAUUGACGUAGAUGAGGUUGAUUAUGAUCCAGAACUACAUGUCAACAAUAUUGUUGAUGCUGAAGGUUCUGAAACAAUACAACUAUCAGAGGACAAUGUAAACCCUGGUCAGUGCAAACGUCUUGGUCCCCAAGACUUUGAAUUACGUAAAGUUUUGGGGAAAGGUGGAUAUGGAAAAGUAUUCCAAGUUAGAAAAAUAACAGGAACCGAUGCUGGUGCACAUUUUGCUAUGAAAGUUCUAAAAAAAGCUUCAAUAGUGCGCAAUCAAAAAGACACUGCUCACACUAAAGCUGAAAGAAACAUUUUAGAAGCAGUUAAGCAUCCAUUUAUAGUUGAAUUAGUAUAUGCCUUUCAAACUGGUGGUAAAUUAUAUUUAAUUUUAGAAUAUUUGAGUGGAGGAGAGUUAUUUAUGCACCUUGAAAGAGAGGGUAUAUUUUUAGAAGACACAGCUUGCUUCUAUUUAUCUGAAAUAAUCCUGGCUUUGGAACAUUUACAUAGUUUAGGCAUAAUUUAUCGAGAUUUAAAACCAGAAAAUGUUCUCUUAGAUGCACAAGGCCAUGUCAAACUUACAGAUUUUGGGUUAUGCAAAGAACAUAUUCAAGAAGGCAUUGUAACACACACAUUCUGUGGAACUAUUGAAUAUAUGGCCCCAGAAAUUUUGACCAGGAGUGGUCAUGGAAAAGCUGUAGAUUGGUGGAGUCUUGGUGCAUUAAUGUACGAUAUGUUAAUUGGACAGCCUCCAUUUACUGGGGACAACCGUACAAAAACUAUAGAAAAAAUUCUUAAGGGUAAACUUAUUUUAUCUGCCUACCUCACACAAGACGCUCGUGACCUGAUACGACGUCUAAUGAAACGUUCAGAAACACAACGCUUAGGCGCAGCUGGUGCCGCUGCAGUGCGUGGCCAUGCUUUCUUCAAACAUGUUGACUGGGAUGACGUGUUUGCCCGUAGAUUAGAACCUCCUAUUAAACCAAAAUUGUCCAGUGAAGAUGAUGUUUCCCAGUUUGACACAAGAUUUACUCUUCAAACUCCUAUUGAUUCUCCUGAUGAAUCUACCCUAAGUGAAAGUGCUAAUAUGAUGUUUCAGGGGUUCACAUACGUCGCCCCCUCAGUUAUGGACGAAAUUCAUAAGCCUCGCCAGAGGACUUUAUGGAUGUACAAGGUUUACCAAUAUAGCCUAGAAUAA